AUGCAUAAAGAUGAUGAAAAUCAAGAUAAUGUUACUGGUGUUGAGAAAUUGUCGAGACAAAUAAUUCAGAAACCAAGGAUAUUGGCUCGACGAGUUUGGAAAAGAUCCUCAAAUACUCCAGAUAGGAUUGAAAGCGCGCCUUUGGAUCCUAAACCAUGUUCGACAGAGAAGGAAGAAUUUGAAGAAAUUAGAAAUGAAGAAAUAGAUGACACUGAAGACAUAUUCAGUUGUACUGAAUUAGGUGAUAUGCACAAAGAUGAUGAAAAUCGACAUGCUAGUAGUGCUGAGGAACUAUCAAGACGAGUGAUUCGGAGACCGAGGAUAUUGGCUCAACGAACUUGGAAAAAACUAUCGAAUACUAUAAGUAGUAUUGAGACCACGGAUUUGGAUCCUAAACCAUGUUCGAUAGAGAAGAAAGAAUCUGGAAAUGUUGAAAUGGAUCAGGCCUCGAAUACUGAAGUAUUUGGCAUAGUGAAAAAAUGA